CUCUUUUCUCCCUCAGCUGACUUAGGCGCAUCCAAGGAUAAUGGAGACUCAGAACCUGAGCAUCUCAGGUGGACAGCUGACCCACCUCCCGCAGGAGCCGUACAAGUAAAGUGGAGCUUCCGGUUCCGGUAGGGCCGUCCCUAGCGGCGGAGAUGGCGGCUACGGCGGCGGAGGUCGCGGCCUCAGGCUCUGGAGAACCCCGCGAAGAGGCUGAAGCUCCCGGCCCCGCCUGGGAUGAGUCCCAACUGCGCAGUUACAGCUUCCCGACCCGGCCCAUCCCGCGUCUGAGUCACAGCGACCCCCGCGCCGAGGAGCUCAUCGAGAAUGAGGAGCCUGUGGUGCUAACUGACACAAACCUCGUGUAUCCUGCCCUGAAAUGGGACCUUGAAUACCUGCAAGAGAAUAUUGGCAACGGAGACUUCUCUGUCUACAGUGCCAGUACCCACAAGUUCUUGUACUAUGAUGAGAAAAAGAUGGCCAAUUUCCAGAACUUUAAACCGCGGUCCAACCGGGAGGAAAUGAAGUUCCACGAGUUUGUUGAGAAACUGCAGGAUAUACAGCAGCGAGGAGGGGAAGAGAGGUUGUAUCUACAGCAAACACUCAAUGACACUGUGGGCAGGAAGAUUGUCAUGGACUUCUUGGGUUUUAACUGGAACUGGAUUAAUAAGCAACAGGGAAAGCGUGGCUGGGGGCAGCUGACUUCCAAUCUGCUGCUUAUCGGCAUGGAAGGAAAUGUGACACCUGCUCACUAUGAUGAGCAGCAGAACUUCUUUGCUCAGAUAAAGGGCUACAAGCGAUGCAUUUUAUUCCCUCCGGAUCAGUUUGAGUGCCUCUACCCAUAUCCUGUUCAUCACCCGUGUGACAGACAGAGCCAGGUGGACUUUGACCAUCCUGACUACGAGAGGUUCCCCAGUUUCCAGAACGUGGUUGGUUAUGAAACGGUGGUUGGCCCUGGUGACGUGCUUUACAUCCCAAUGUACUGGUGGCAUCACAUAGAGUCAUUACUAAAUGGGGGGAUUACCAUCACUGUGAACUUCUGGUAUAAGGGGGCUCCCACCCCUAAGAGAAUUGAAUAUCCUCUCAAAGCCCAUCAGAAAGUGGCCAUAAUGAGAAACAUUGAGAAGAUGCUUGGAGAGGCCUUGGGGAACCCACAAGAGGUGGGGCCCUUGUUGAACACAAUGAUCAAGGGCCGCUACAACUAGACGGCCAGGAGUCGAGGCCUCCUGCCAGGCGACUGCUGGCCCGUCCACACGGCUUCCUGGAUGAGCACAGGAGACUCCCAGCACUAGUAUUGCACGCAGCACUUAAUGGACUGGACUCUUGCCGUGGCCCUGGGGGCAGGUGUUCAGGGCGAGGCAGGGUGGUUGGCACUCCGCUCCCGUUUGGAGGGACUUCUUACCCUUGCCUCUGUGCCCAGCACCUCCCCUCUCUGCCUCCCUAAAGUCCUGCAUUCAGUGUUGGAGUCCCAGCUUCUGGUUGUCAUCAUGUCUGUGUGUGUCAAUCUGUCAACCUCGGGAUGUGUGUGCGUGCACACGCAUGUGUGUAUCUGUUCCUUGCGCCCUCCUGUGGAUCAGGAUGCCACUUCUGGUUCUCAGUCCUGUCUCCUGCAGCCUCAGUGCCUCAGCCUAAGAGAGAGGAGAUGCUCGUGGAAGCCCACUACACCUGGGCUGCAGGGCCACCCGUAGGUCAGUCAGCCUCCUCCCAGGUUUCCCGGAGUCAGGCUCUGUGCUGGGUGGGAAUGGCUCCUGGGACUCGAAUGGGGAGAGGAAUGGGGAGGUUUGCCUUUGAGAGCCUAGAGAGCUUCCUGUGAGAGAGGAUACAGGGUUCCAACUGGGACCGUCAUGUUCAAGCCAUACAUAGAAAAGAGCCUUGGGCCACAAGAACCAAGGAUUGUGCAUAAAUUCCAAAUUGCACGCACAUGCAGCUUUUCUCUUUCUGCACCAGCUCUUGCUCCCUGUGCUGGGUACCAAGGGAGUCCUCCUAGCAGUGGCUUCUCUAGGUUCUAGGGGUGCAAGCCUCUGUGCGGGGGUGUGUGUGUGUGCGUGUGGAUGUGUGUUCACACUGGCCUGCCUCUUUGCUUACCGAGUUUCCCUACUGCUUAGCCCUGUCCAGUGGGACAUACAGAGGGAACCCCAGGGCAGCACUGCCUGACCUAACCUAAAGCUCUCAAACUCAGUUUUAGCCAUUGGAUGUCGGUCAGAUCUCACUGCAGCCUGCCUGAGGCUGACUGGUUAGGGCCUCCAGGGCCUGCGACCCUCUUGCCCAGGCUACAUCCUCUGCGUCUGGGGAGCUUCCUGGCUGAGGAGACAGAAUGGGGUCAAGCUUAGGCAGCUAACUCACCACCACCUGUCAUCCACCUCACAUCAUGGCCAGGACAAAAGUGUAGCCUUGUCUCUAAACCAGCUCCUCUGUGAGACCCCACUGUAAUGUUCACAAACACCCUCAAAAAGCAGGGCGACUGGUGGAGCACAGAAGUGGAAUUUCCUUUCCUGUUCAUCGCUACUCAUGGGAACCCCUGCCCGAGCUGCAGCUUACAGCUGGACAGCUGUGCACUACACAACUUGAAGGGCCAUCAUUCACAUCUGUUCAGUGGAAGGGGGGCCCCUGGAAUUGGGCACUGUGGUGGCUCUGUGUCUUGUCACCUCCACUCCUAUUUCCUUCGCUGGAAGGAAAGAGGAGUUGGAGUCUCGGGGGUCAUUUUUUCCUUUUGUUUUUUUUCCUUUUUUGCCAAAGGUUUACUUCCAGUGUCUGAGCUGCGGCUCUUACCUCCAAAGCUCAGUUUACAGUCACAGUGCACUGAUGGACUGAGAGGGUGUGUGUAUAUGUGUGUGCGCACCUGUGUGUGUAUUUUGGGGAGGGGUGUUUAUUUUUAGUACCCCAUUCUGGGUUCUCUGAUGCAGUGUUGGUGUGCAAACACGGUACCUUCUCAAGUGUAGUUCUUUCAAAUAUAACCAAUGCUGGAAAAUGUGA